AUGAAAAAUUGGAAGCGGCAAAUUUAUAAGCCCGUCACAAAAAUAUGUCUUCGUAAUGUCGAGGUUGGUUGGGGAAGAACUACAUACAGUCAAUCGUACAAGCCACCCGGGCCAGCAGAUCGGAACAGCAAGCCCACGAUGGCAACAACAAAGUGCCUCUGGCCCAGGCUGGACAUCGAACACAACAGGAUGACCGUGCACCAGGCCAGUUUUCGCGAGUAUUCGUGCGCGGACCGGACGCUGCCCUUGGUGCAAGGGGAUCACGAGCUCGUGAGUGCAGGCUCUCGGGCACCCAUGCAGAAAGUGACGUCUCAGCGACAUGACUUCGUCUUCGUGGCCAAGUGUCUGCCUAAGGCCGAACGGCAGCGGGCCAACUGGCCGAAGGUGACCAUAGGCACCAACUGCGGCAGCGGCGCGUGCGCAAUGACGUGCAGCACCACCACGGCCGACGCGUUCGGGAUUCCGCUUUCUAACGGACAACGGCCGUCCACCUCCAAUGAUUGGUCGCAGGACAAAAAAUUGCUGAUGGCCAAAGAUACGGAGACCAGUACGAGAUACAAGCAGUGGAUGGUUGGGGCCGCAAGCCCACGAUGGCACCGAUAG